UGUUUAUUCCAUAAUACAAUAUUUUAAUAAUUUAAAAUACUCAACACAUUUAUUUUAAGGUGUGGGUUUGUAGUUGUAUUAACAGACCCUCAACCCCUUUACUUUGAGCUCCGUGGAUAUUGGCCAUAAGUGUCAUGUACACUGCUUGUAAUUCAAUUUGCAGAAUUAACAGUUGCUGACACUGUAAUCCCAACAGGUGUUUGCUGUAUGGACUGUGGUCCACCCCUGAGGAAAUAUGAACCUCAAGGAGGGUUUCAUAAACACAACGAACAGCUCUCUCUCGUGCACAUGAAGAGCGUCUCGUUCGAGUGACAAAUGGCAGGACUAAUGCAGCUGCCCGCCAAUCGAGAAGUCGAGGAAGCAACACUUGCACGUCUCUGUCUGCUAUAUUUACCAUCUUUGCUAGGACACAUAUUUUACAUGGUUGCCCUGUGCUGCCAUUGCUCCACCCAGACAAAGUAUCAAAUGUCAGCAUCAUACCAGUGUUGUGUGCUUUGCUUGAUGCAGCAACUUUGCAUCGUGGUGGCAGUAACACAGUGACCGACCAGACUUUUGGCCAUCAGUCUGCGACAGGAAUCACUGAGGGAGGAAACAGAAAAAGCAGUAGAUGCUAAAGCAACAUGUCUUCCACUGCCUGGGUUUAAGUGAGGAGAAGCAAAGGAAGGUGAGAAAGGGACGUUGAGGGAAUGACACUUCGCCUCUAUGAGUGUCUGAAGGCUGUCGGGCUGCACAGUCACUUUGCCAGCUUCACCUCGUUGGGUGUUCAUCAGGCAGCCCACCUCUCAGAUCUGACCAUGGAGGACUAUCCAUUCCUGGGAAUCCGCUCAAUGGAGGACAGGACUCGGCUCUUCCAUCUGGUCCAAAUGCUCAAAACUCUUAACCUUGAAUAUGAAGAUGUUGAUGACGAUGCAGAUGCUGGUGACAAAGGCUACCCUGGAGCUUACCGUAACUUCACUGAUGAUAGCAGUGUAUAUCCUUGUGACAAUCUAUGUGCUGAUGACCAUGAGAGGGGUGCUGCUGUGAGCAAGCUAAAUGCACCACAUUUUUCCAAACCGUCACACGUCUGCAGGCGGCUUGAUUUCAGUUGUGAAACCUUGGAUCCACGUCUGAACCUAUUCUCUUGUCCAGAAGAACCUGUUCAUGUCCGUGCAAGUCAUAUUAGAAAUAUUGUGCCAUGCCAGGGCAAAGGAUCAGCUAUACUAGUGCAGCUAGCCACUGGAAGUGGCUGCAAAGAGAAGAAGAACCACAGGAUGGAUUUCCAUACAAGCAUCAGCAACAAAGUAGUCGGGCAGAAAGGUAGAAAAGGAAUCCUUAGGAGAGAAAACUUCUGCAGCAAUAUAAGAAAUAACAUGCCUACUGAACACAACACUAAGCCAACACCUGUUUAUCAAUCAAAGAGAACAGCUGGCUACAACUAUGGACUGCCGCUCACUUCUCCUCCUGUUCCAAACAAGAAUCAGCAAGGGGGGAAAAGGAUCAGUGUGUGUCUGAGGAAAAGACCUCUGACAAAGGCAGAGCGCAGGAGAGGAGAGGCAGAUGUUGUAACAACUCAGAGUGGAGAGUGUGUGAUUGUCCAAGAACGUAAAGAGGCUGUGGAUCUCUCACAGUACAAACUGCAGCACAGGUUCUACUUUGACCAGGUUUUUGGAGAGGAGAGCUCCAACGUGGAGGUGUACCGGAGCACAGCAUAUCCUCUGGUACAACACAUGCUCAAUGGAGGUAAGGCCACCUGCUUUGCAUAUGGCCAGACAGGUGCAGGAAAGACUCACACCAUGUUGGGUUCUGCUGUGAGACCUGGGUUGUAUGCACUGGCGGUCCUCGACAUCUUUGCACACAUCUCUACCACUCAUGUGCAUUCACCCCUGCUGGUCUACGUCAGUUUCUUUGAAAUCUACUGUGGUCAGCUGUACGACCUGUUGGACCACAGAAAAAGGUUGUUUGCCAGGGAGGAUGGACAAAAGGUGGUGCACAUUGUUGGGCUGUGUGAUGUCCGAGUCGACUCAGUCGGCUCACUCUUGGAGGUGAUUUCGCGGGGUACAGAAGAGCGCACACAGGGAAUGAGUGGCGUGAAUCCCGUCUCCUCGCGUUCCCAUGCCUUGCUUCAGAUUCAAAUAAGAGAUGCAAACCAGCACAUUGCUGGUAGAAUGUGGUUUGUGGACCUAGCAGGAAGUGAGAAGGCAUCAGAUACCAAAGAACCAGAUAGGCAGAGUCGUAUGGAGGGAGCUGAGAUCAACCAAAGUCUGUUGGCUCUGAAAGAAUGCAUCCGGUCCCUCGAUCAAGAGCAGUCGCACACGCCUUUCAGACAAAGCAAACUUACUCAGGUUUUGAAAGACUCGUUUGUUGGAGACUCAAUGACAUGCAUGAUUGCCAACAUUUCACCAGGUCACUUGGCAACUGAACACACACUAAACACACUCAGAUACGCCGACAGGGUGAAGGAGUUGGGGGGACAACUAGGGCUAAGAGGAAGAAGAAGGGGCAAGCCAACACACUCCGCCCAAUGUAACCUGUACAACAGCAGCAGCGGAAGCAACGUUGUCGGCACCAGAGGGAAAAGUCCCCCUAAAAAGCCAAAUUUAGGGAGACAAACACCAAUUUUUGCAGUCCCCACACCGACCACAAGGUUGACCACGGAGCAUUCAAUUCUCUGCUCCACACCCAAAAAAGGGAGACGGGAAGGGGAAACAUGUCCAAGCACGAGAAAGAGGAUUGGAUUUGAAAAGAUUAUACCAGUCAGAGGUUUGCUGGGAAUAAGGGAUUCAAUGGAGAGAGAAGGUCGGAGGGAAGGUUAUGGAGUAACAGACAGCCUACACAACGCAUAUAAGAAAAGCAUCGUGGCAGCAGAAGAUGAGCAGAUUCUCUUGAGGGAGGUGCAGAAAUCUGAAUUCAACCACAAAGGGACAGACAGUCAUCGAAGCACUUGGAAAGGGGGAACAAAGGAAGAAAGAAGUUGGAUGGAACAGGAAAGACGAGUGAAAACCAGUCGAGACACUUGUAGUAAGGAGGCCAGUCCAAGCGAAAGAGAAAAACAAAAGGAUGACAAAAAUAGUAAGGAGAGGGAAAGGCAUCUGAGACAGUAUCACCAGCAGCUGCAGCAGUUCAUCCCUUCAUCAGCUUCUUCAUCUAUUCAUCUCUUGUCACCCUCUACUUGUCCAUCUUUUUCUUCUUCUAAUCAAGACUCCCUCUCUUCCUCUAAAUCUUCCUGUUCCCCUCUCCAACAAUCUUCCCGCUUAUCAGUUUUUGACCUUGUAUACCAUGACAUAGAUGAGGUUUCACUCAGAGGUGAGUCUGGUUGUAACAAUCAGGUGUCGUCUUUCUUUCCCAGUGGAGAGAUUUGCUUACCAACUGAAACCUCUCCAAGCUACAGGGACGAGAUUGGUCAAUGCGGCUUGGCUAGUUUUGGUAAAAAGAUGAGGGUCUCUAGGGAGGAAACAGGGGCAAAACUUGGACAACACAGUGGUAAACAUGAGAACAGGUCCCAGAAGGAAACAGGGCAAGGAGAGGGACGACUAAGGAGGGAAGAGUGGAGGCCAUGUGGCAUUGAAGGAGCUACAAAGUCAGAGACGGAGCGUGCGAACAUGAACACAGGUGCAAUGCCAGCUGAUGCAGAGGCCUUGGUGGUUGAUGGAGUGUGGAGUGCCGAGGACCGGGAAGGAGCAGAUGGCUGCGGUUUACUGCCCAUACAAAGCAACAUUGACACCACCCCACUUCACCCCCCGCUUGCUGAGUCAUCCCGUCAACGAGCUCCGGCAGAACGACCCCUCUCCCCUGCCUGCGAACAUGCCGACAAGCUCCUGACUUCGGUCAUGCAGUCCAUCUCAUCCUCUGUCCAGCUGUCUGGAAACAGUAGUUCAGCAGGCUCACAGAAUCUAAUGCCAUACGGUGCCACCCAUGUGCCAUCGGAAUAUGCAGGCAAUACGCUCUGGAAACCUCCAUUUUCCAUUUCAACACAACGGUCAGACAGUGUUGGACAAUUGAACGCCGUGCCGACGCAGUGUCACACAGUGCAUUCAAAUCAUCCCGGCAACUCAAACGUCUCACUCCAGCAAAGCGGCUCUGUAGAAUUAAAUGGUCAAGGGAGCACCAGCAAUCGGAAGAUUACACCAAUUUUCAAUUUGCCUACGCUGGAAGAUUUGGAUGACGGGCGGUGGUGUGUCGUCCAGGCCCAUUGGGAGCAGCUGGAGGAGAUGGAAGCUUUAUUUCGAAAAGACUCAACUCUUCUGUGCCAGCAACCUGAUAUGGCAUUUGGGGAGUACGCUCACAAACUGGUGGAUAUCAUGGAGAGAAAAGCUCGCUGUGCCCAGAGCAUGAUAACUCAGCUGCAGCCAUUCCUCAAGCCGAGUCAUUCUAAGUAGACACACGACGGGGUAGACGAUAAUAAAUUGUUCAAUUUAUUUUUUACCGACGGCACUAUAUGCAAUAUGUAUGUCAAUAUACAGCUUUUAAUUUAUUAAUGUUCAAUUGACUUAAACUGUCAGAGUUCACAUCUGAAAAAUAUCAAUUGAUUUGUGUGACAUUAAGAGGCCUGUUAAUCAAUGGAACUUGUAAAAUAUAUGUUUUCUCAUUGAGACAAAGAAUAUAUUUUGGAAUCGGAUGUGAAACAUAUUUUCAUUUUUAGAUGUUGGUUGUGUUUCUUAUGUACAGGUAUGGGCAUGUGAUGUUUUCCUAUUAGAUGCUCAUUGCUGUAUACUGAUUCAAAAGUUCGGCAUAUUUAGUUUUUUUAAUCAUCAAUUAUCAUGUUCAUCUUAAAAUGGAGAUGAGGUAAUACAACUGUGGAAAGUUGGAACCCCUUGAUGUUUGAAUUUCCAUCUGUAAAGCCCACUGUACAUUUUUAUUUAGCCUAAUUCAACUGUGUUCUUUUUUUACAAACACAAUCUUGGCCCAAUCUUUGGAGUUUCUAUUUUUUAGUCAGAUAACUAUUUUUCAGCUUUGAGUUUUCAUAGUCUUUGUCUUAAAAGAACUACUGGUGUUUUCGCACAACAAAUUAUAAUUUGAGACAUUUUGGCCAGCUUUGGCAUUUACUAAAAUUCUCCGGAAUGAUGAAGCAAAACUAUUAUUUCUUAGUUAAACGAACUCAGGUUGAGUACUAAGCUGUUUACUUGGCAUGUGAAAAGUAUAGUUUCAUCUUACUUGUAGAACUAUUACUGUUCUUGUUUUCUAAAGCAAUGAGGCUAUUUGGUGUAUUUCUGUUUUACAACAUUGUAUCUGAGAAUAUAUGUUUUCAGAGUUCUAAGGCUUAAAGAAAGAAUAAAAUGUGUCUGAUUUUCAGAUAGUGUUCUGAAAUAUUUAUAUGAGCUGGUGGUGAUUUGAUGAUUAUUCAUUUUAUUCUGAGUGUGCAAAUAUACUGUUUUUAACCUUG